GGCUUCUUUGCACGCCACCCCACGCAGCCAUGUUCCCAUGGCUUUUGAGAUAAUAAGGCCGACUUUAUCAGGAACAAGGCAUUUUCAUUCUGGACGCCGACUACUGCACACGAUCUCCGAGGACUCCGUUCUAAGCGGGAAAAAAAUUGACACAAUGGAAAAGAUGACUGUAUUGUUAGCGUUUCUAGCUGUUACCUUGCGCACAGCCCUUGCCGUAGAUUGCAUCUCGUGUAUAUCUGUGAUGACCACCAACUUCCAAGUGAUGACCAGUCUCCAACAGAUGUAUGGUGAUAAUUACGACAGCAGGUGCUCCAACAACCCUACAGAUAUCACCAAUGUCAUCCCUUGCAGCGGAUCAUGCAUGAACAUCAAUGUCACCUCUAGCACAAUUCUGCAGGGUUUCUCACAGCCAAUCGUUCUCCAGAUGUUCAUGCGCACCUGCAAUCCCGUGACUAGUCUAGACGACGGCUGCAGGGACCUGUCCAAUAACGACGUGCAAAAUGUCCAGCAGUUUGUUGGAGCCGGGGUGGCACUUGACAACCAGAUACAGGGGCGAUACUGUGUUUGCAACACGGAUAAAUGUAACCAGGAUAUUAGCACACUCGAAGGGCUGCCAGUCGGUGAGCCCACCCGCUGCCAUACAUGUAGAUACAUGGAGUACACCUCAAGCGACCCCCAGAUUCAGCAGAACUUUGAUAACACCAUGGCACAGACCCCUGGGUUAGACAUCCGUUGCCGUGACGACCCAGCCACCGUCCCAUACAUUCUGUGCAGCGGGUCUUGUAUGUCCUCUGAAGGAACGGUCAAUAUGACCAUGAACAACAACAAUUUGAGUAUGUAUCUUGUCCAGCGACAAUGUGCCUCCGUUAGAGCUGAGACCAAGUGCACCAUGUUUAAUGAAGAAGAUAAGCUCGUGGAGCAGCUUCUGCCGGUCAACUCUCUCAAAGCAGCAGGCGUCACCAAUAUGGAAGUUUCCCUUGGUUACUGCGCUUGCUCGGAAGAGGAUUGUAAUGGCGGUCACACAGGCGAGCAUGAGGAGCCAGAGGAGCCCGAGGAAGUUCGCUCCGCCUCAAUUAGAAUGACUUCGAUAAGUGCGAUUGCGCUAGCCACGAAGAGUCUCUUCUUGUUGCUAAUUUUUUAUUGAUGGACGCGAUUAUGACCAGUUCAGAACUUGUAUUUCCAAUGCUUUACGACGUACAGAGACUAGAACAUGAAUUUCAUUGUCCAUCGUUAACCAGAUCAUAUCAUUUUUCCCAUGUUGUUUACAGAAUAUGGAUUGCCUUCAUUACUGAAUACAUGUUCAAAUCUCUAAACAGUGAACGGAACCAGAAAUGACCAGUCUAAAAGAGUCAGUGAUCGGUUCCCCUCUUCAAACAGUUGUCAGGCAAUUAAGUAUCACGACAAUAAUUUAAGACAUACACGAAUAGGGAUUGUAUCAGAUAUGAACAGAGCCCGAGGAAUACGGUCACCUUUCAGUGGCCUUUGAAACACAAUCUUUUUAUAAAGAAAUACAGUGUAAGCACUCUUCCUCUGGAAGUGUUGUGAUAUUUGAAUACUUUUCUAACUUGGCGAGCGCUACGAGGUUUUGACUUAUGUUUGAUAGUGAAUCGUAUAUCGUAAUGUUUCCAUAUAUAAAACCAUAUAUAUAUUUGUAAAAAAUGAUAAUAAAAAAUUACCGAAAAUGUUAAGUGUAAGACGCAGGGAUGCAUCCCGACAUGUCCGUGUCGUUUUGACAAGUGAUUCUAGAGCAGCAAUCAUCAUUUACCUAUGGCUACAUGUAGACUCCAUUUUAUCAUUUUAUAAUCUCAUUGUAACACGCAUGAUGGUAAGUUUUGUCAAAGUAGUUGCAGGUAGAUCUUCCCACAUUGGCUUAUGUAUAUUCGCAUUUGGUUAGCUUCCAUGUGAACAGCAUUAUUUCAUCAUUUACGAAAUAAAUCCCAAUA